UGUUCUCUCUGCUAUCAAGAAGUAGUGCUGUUCAUUCGUUUCAGAGUCCCAAGAUUUAUCUCUUUCUUCUUCACCUCUCUCUCAGUAGACAGUAGUAGUAGUACUUCUACCAUCCAUCCCAUUCCCACCACCCCAUUCUUGUUUGUUUUUUAUACCCUUUGCCUUCACCAUAUAUUUCCAUCUUGUUUAGUCACACCUCACAAAUUCAUAUCUUGUCUCCCCUCUUACUUUUUCCUUUCCCUCAAAUAUAUAUAUAGGGCUUCUCUUAAUGGCUUAUAUAUAUACACACACACACAUGAAUGGAUGAAUGAAACCCUUCAAUCAAAAUUGCAUCUUUUUGUAAUUUGGUGUUCUUGUUCACCACACAAAAUACAACUUUUUGGUCAUCUUCUUCUUCUUCUUCUUAGGUUCUCUCCAUUCCUCUCUUGAGAAAAAUUGCAUCUUUCCUAGCUAGCUUAUAACAAUCAUGAGUGAUUAUCCAUCUUACUCUAAUUACUUCAAUGGAUGGUUUGCUCUCAAUAAUCCCAUCAGUUAUCAGUUUCCUUCAACCAAUAGUACUACUACAUCAUUUUACCCUAAUAAUAAUUCCAGUACUACCUUCAACUGCUACUAUUCAUCAAACUCUUCUUCUUCCACCUCUUUCCUUGAUUAUCAUCACCAACAACAGUUCUGCUCAUCAUUUGCACCACCAUCACCACCUAAGAAAGAAGCUCUACCCCUUUUGAGUUCAAGCCCAGUUAGGGCUUCAGAAGCAUCAUCUUCUUCUUUCAACAGUUGUGCCAUGGAAGUUGAGAAAACAAACAAGGAGAAAUUAGGACACAACUUCAUCUGCAACUUUGCUGAUCAUCAUGAUGAUCAAGAUGAAGCUUCUGUGACUUUGUCUUUACAUCUAGAUUUAGGGCUCUCCACACCUACCUCGGUUAAUGUUGAUGAUGAUCUGAUGAUCUCAAAGAUCUGUUCAUCAGAAGCAGCUAUGGAUAGGGAAGUAGUAGUAGAACAAGAAGAUGAUGAAGAAGAGGAAGAAGUUACUGUAGCAAACAAUGGAUAUUCCUCAUCUACCAGUACUACUACUCUUCAUAAGGGUCAAUAUUGGAUUCCAACACCAGCCCAGAUUCUGAUUGGUCCUACUCAAUUCUCAUGUCCACUUUGCUUCAAGACUUUCAACAGAUACAACAACAUGCAGAUGCAUAUGUGGGGGCAUGGAUCUCAAUACAGAAGAGGACCGGAAUCUUUAAGAGGAACCCAACCGACAGCGAUGCUCCGGCUACCUUGCUAUUGCUGCGCACCCGGUUGUCGAAACAACAUUGAUCAUCCGAGGGCGAAGCCAUUGAAAGAUUUCAGGACUCUUCAGACACAUUACAAGAGAAAACACGGGAUCAAGCCGUUUAUGUGUAGGAAAUGUGGUAAGGCAUUUGCUGUGAGGGGUGAUUGGAGAACCCAUGAGAAGAAUUGUGGGAAGCUGUGGUAUUGCACCUGUGGUUCUGAUUUUAAGCACAAAAGAUCGCUGAAAGAUCACAUCAAAGCCUUUGGGAAUGGACAUGCGGCUUAUGGGAUUGAUUGUUUCGGAGAAGAAGAAGAUGAACCCGCCUCAGAAAUCGAGCAGGAUAAUGAGUCCUCUCAAUGAUUUCAUCAAGUUUUUCCUUUUGCUGUCUCAGAAUGAAGUCCAUUUUGGAGAGAAUGAAUGUAGUUUUGAGGCCUAUUUUUCAUGCUUUUUGUUUAGAGUUUUUCUAGCUUCAUUUAAGUUAGUUUCAUGAUCUGUAGUUAGUAUGUCCAUUGGAGACAAUAUCACUGCAUAUUUCCAAGUUGGAGACACUGUUAUAUGAUGAAGUCAUUGUAAAUGCAGCUUUGAUUACUCGCAGUCAAUUGUCCUUUUGGGUGUGUGGCUUCUCAAGUUAUAUGGAAAGCUGAAUACGACUAUCAAAAAUCAAAAUAUAUAGAAAGCCAUUCCAUGAUGAGUAAUGUACCUUUAAUAACUGUUACAUUUUGGCCUUUUGCUUCUUACAGUUUUUAUAUUAAAGAGUUUUACCAAUUUGAGAUACUA